CCACGGAACCAAAAAUUCAUUUCUUUACGGAUUAUUUUAAAUCCUCUUUAUCAAUUUAGUAUAAAUUGUUUGCCGCAGGCGCGUUCGUUAACACAAUAAGAUGGCGUUUGGCGCAGUAGUAGUCCUGACCUUGUUGGCUUCGGCUUACGCCUUCCCCUCCGAUGCUGUCUUCUCCAAAUUCGAUGACAGCGGCCCCCGCUAUGACUACGUCGAGGACGAUGCUGGCCAACUCCAUCUUGAAGACCACUGGAUCAAAAUGAGCGACCUGGCCCGCAUGGCAAGAUACAAUCCUGACAACUCCAAUAGAUAUCACCUUUUCACCAGGGCUAACCCUUCAAGGAGUCAAGUCCUGGUCCGCAACAACGUCAACAGCAUCAUCAACUCCAACUUUAUUGCGGGACGACGCACCAUCGUCCUGAUGCAUGGCUUCGCUGGAUCCGCUACCUCAAACUUCAACUCGGUUUUGGUGCCAGCUUUCCUUGCCGCUCAGGAUGUAAACGUCAUUGUUGUGGACUGGAGCUCAGGGUCGGCGUGGGGCCCCAAUGCUAGGCAGGCAGGUCAAGCCGCAGGCCGCUUCAUCACUUGGCUGAACGAAGUUAGUGGAGCGACUCCUAACAACUACCACAUUGCCGGCUACAGUGUGGGCGGUCAUGGAGCUGGUAUUAUAGCCAGGACUAUGGCUGGGAACGUGAGCUAUGUCACUGCCAUGGACCCAGCAGCCCGCUGGAACAAUAGAUGGCUCUUCCGUUCUGAUGAUGGCCUGUACACCGAAGUGAUUCACACUAAUGUGAACAACAUCGGCUUCACGAACCCUCUGGGUCAUGUCGACUUCUACCCUAAUGGAGGGAGGAACAUGCCUGGUUGUAUCACCUCGUUAUGUGAUCAUGAAAGGUCAUUCCACUACAUGGCCGAGACCCUGAGGACUGGUGGGUUUACUGGCCGCAGGUGUGCCAACCUCCCUGAUGCUCUCAAUCAACGAUGCAACGCUUCUGGAACCCUCAGCAUGGGCGGCAUCGCUCCGAAGACUGGGCUAUCCGGCAUCUUCCACUUGAGGACCAACGCCCGCCAACCUUUCUCUCAAGGCUGAUUGACAAAAUAAUAAAUUAAUAUUUAAUUAAA